AGUAUAAUCACUGCGUGACUGGUGCGGGUGUCAAAGGAAGGAAUUCCUAUACAACACCCCACACAGCAUACUCAGACUACGCCACCCCAAUUUACUGGCUCAGUAUGGAUGGUAUCCUGUCUUUUGAGCCCCUCUACCCUAAUGGCUAUGAUCUGACUCUGAACAAAGACAUCAUUGCUCCACUGUGGACUGACAUUUACUCUUACACCAGUGGAAACAUCUCUUAUGAGCAAGCAACAAAUGGGUCUUUGAUUGAACUAGCUACUAAUGAAAUGAACAGGAUGUUCCCUGGGUUGAACUUCUCUGCUUCCUGGGUCUUGGUUGGCACUUGGGAGAAGAUGGAAUCAGAACCUAAUGAGGUGACUUUCCAAGUCGUCCUGAUCUCUGACAGCAAAAACCGUUCUUAUGUCCUGAUGAACUAUGGAUCCAUCACUCCUGAUCCACUAUUAUGGAUGUUAUCUUUUUUAGGUAGGCUAUAUGACUGAGAACCACACACAUUAUUUCAGCAUUCAGGCACCCAGUACCUCUAACCUGUCUUCCACUACUAAUGUUGGAAUACCUGGUCGCUGGGCUUUCCGUGUUGAUGGUGCAGUCUCUGUGCCACCAGCACUGUUCUAUCCAUUAGGCUCGGGCGCAGGAGACACUGUUAAUCCCCGCAGUGAUGAUGGAAGCUCACCUGCUAUAAACUUAUGGAGUCCAUUCUCUCUGUACAGACGCACAUAUGCUCAACUAUAUGUCAACAACAAUAGACACCUGACGUUUGAUCAGCUGUGGGACAGCUAUUCACCCACUCAGUUCAGUGCCUAUACUGGAAGAGAUCUCAUCGCUCCACUCUGGACUGAUAUUGAUAAUCGUGGAAAUGGUAAUAUCUCAUAUAAUCAGUACACUAGUGGCAGUGUCCUUUCACAGGCCACACGGGACAUAAACCAGUACUUUCCAGGAGUGAACUUCACUGCCUCUUGGGUCUUUGUUGCAACAUGGGAUAAAGUGGCGUACUACAGCUACUCAGGCAUGAACACGUUCUAGCAGUGUGACAAAGUCCUGACAAGCUAUAACCUGACAGACACCAACAACCACAUGAUCAUUUCGCAGAAUCUUCAGGAUGAACUGAGGAGGAGAGGUGUGGCAUCCACUGUAAGAGUGAAAGUGAAACGCGUUCAGAAGAAAAGUCCAUGAUAGUUCAUUCUGUGAGCCAAAAGAAUUUGAUUGUACUUCACAGUGGAAUAAAUUCUCAGAAUAUAUUUGAUCAAAUUAAUUGUGGUAUUUUAAUACUGUACCCUUUCUUGAAACUACUAACUAAAAUGUAGUAUUGAUUAAACUGCAUUAUUUUACAUUGCACAACAAACUGUGCAAAUGAAAAACAUGUUUAGACUUUAGUGUGUAUCGAAUUUAAAAUUAAAUAUAUACAGCAUGUGCUUUUGAUUAGGCAGAAAUGGUGCAGGGUUGUAGAAUUUUAGCCUGAGGUUGGAGUUUCUACAAUUAGCUUUCAGCAUUUUUUUCUUUUCUUUAAGUCUUAAGAACUGUAUUUGCUUUUAGGGCAGAUAGGUGUACAUCACUGCCUACUAGGGGUGUAAAAAUGCAUCAUGGAAUUGUUAAAUCACAAUGUAAAACUUUAACAGUAUGCAUCAUGGAGGUGUGACAAGGCAUCAUGGGUAAUGGACAUUCUAUUAAUUAUGCCGGUAACACUUUCUAUGAAUGUCACCUUUGUA